GUCCUUCGUCUUAGGUAAUACCUGUAGCUGCCGUAGGGGAGUACAUAGCAACAAGGCUGGCGCUUCUAGGUUGUCCAAAUCACAUUAGUAGCUCAUUUCCAAGCUCAGGCAUCAUCACCCCCACCGCUUCCACCCACUACCGCCAUCACUGCCACCAGUAUCAACCACUUCUCCUUCUCCCUUCUCCCUACUCCCUCCUCCCUCCUCCCUCCUCCAUCAUCGCCGUCGGAACCCCUCGAACGCACACGCACACACGCGCUGCCCGGCUGUACGUUCCAGGAUAGUCCCUCCUUUUCGGGCCCCCUCUUCUCCUGACACUCUAGUCAUCCCCAACGGUCGACGGCUCCCUCGUGUAUCCUCUUCCUCUAAUUCCCGCAACCGUGCUCCACAUCCACCCUCCGGGACAGCCGACGAAAAUACCCGAUAUGGCUACCGUGGCGCAUUGCCUCUACUGUUUCGAGACCUUGGCUGCUUACCUCGAAGCCCGCAAACCUAUGAGUCUUGGCGAGGUCGAGAAAUCAUGGGAUGAAUACCGCCGGGACCCCUUGGCCGAGCUCGGCCAAAAUGCAGAGGCAUCCAAGUCUGGGAGCGCCGACAAGCCCGUCCCGGCUCUCGCGCGGGUACUCAAUUCCGACGACAGCACUACCAGCGGCUCUAACUCGCCCUCGGACGGGUCAACUAUAUCCCUCACCGCCGAAACUCCCGCAACGUCCACCGACUCGCUCCCAGCUGCUGGGCCCGCGAUUACGGAGUCACCACUCUUCGUCACCUGGAAUACAGUCUCCGCUCGGACCGGAGACACUUCUCUGCGCGGCUGCAUCGGCACCUUUGAAGCUCAGGAGCUUGACGAGGGCCUCUCCUCCUACGCCAUCACCUCCGCCAUCCACGAUAUGCGCUUCGACCCCAUCACCAAGCGGGAACUACCUUCACUUGAGGCUGCCGUUACCCUCUUAACCGACUUCGAGGACUGCGACGACGCCAUGGACUGGGAUAUCGGCACCCACGGCCUACGCAUCAGCUUCUCUGACCGUGGUCGCCGCUACGGCGCCACCUACCUGCCCGACGUCGCCGAGGAGCAGGGCUGGACCAAGGAGGAGACUCUCGUGAGCCUGAUGCGUAAAGCCGGCUGGGUUGGUAAGAAGGACAAGUGGCAGGCUGUCGAUCUCAAGGUAGUGCGUUACCAAGGGCGGAAGAAGUCGCUGCAGUACCCUGAGUAUAAGCGCUGGCGCGACUGGGUCAAGCAGAAGGGUGAGGCAUAGACAGGCACAGACGCGCAACAGACGCGCACGCGUGAGUCCGCGAGCGUAGGCGCAGUUAGAUUUCCACUGCCACCAUUAAUUAUUACGCUGGGCAGAUGGCAGCUGCCUACGGGCAUUUUUCGGGUCGGUGGGAGGAGUCAGGGCGCAUCGAGAGACAGGCCGGCCAGGUGGGUCAUCUCAUGCUACAGGUAGAUUCGGACUUUGUUUUCCCUCUGUGAUUGUUAUAGACCGUCCUCCUCUGGUUAGUCUAGAUAUCGAGUCUGAGG